CUCGACUGCACAGCCUUCUUCCCGCGCUUCUGUGGAUUGCGUUACUAUUCAAGAAUCUUCGUCAGGAGAAUACGCAAAACUGAAGAAAUUUUGUUAUGGAUGCAGACUACAGAAAAGGGAAUAAGAAAAGACUGCACCUUUUUGCGCGUCGCAAGAAAAGGAAAGGAACUCAGUUUUUGGAGUCCCGAGCACAGUCGUCACAGGUCGUAACAUACACUGUUCUACAGCCUGUGCCACCACAUGACUUAUUUUUUCCAUUUCUUCUUUUGUGGAAGACGGUGGAAGUUAAUUUGUGAACGUAGAACGCUGUGCUGAAGAAACGAUUGUGUUGCCAAACAAAAUAGAUUUUCAUGUAACGCAGUUUGCAGAAACCUCUGAAAACACAAGGAAAGAGAUGCUAGAAUCGUGUUACAAUCUACAGAACGAGAUACCUGAGGUCGAAUUUCUCGAAAUUAAUAAUGACUUUGGGGAAAAUAAUGAAAAACAUAUUCUUAUUGAGAUGCCUGAAAAAGACAAUGCAAAAGACGUUUUUUACAAAUGUGAUGACGAGCCUCUUGUAAUAGAAAAUGAAUGCUCUUGUAGAUCAGGAACAGAUACAGUAACAAUUACUCUUCAUGGAGUUAGAAUGGUAGAAAUAGAAUACUUCCUGAAAAGAAUCACUGAAAUCUCAAAUCACAAUCCAGACUGUGGAUGUUCUUUGCGCAAUAUGAAUGUUCAUAAAGAAAUCCCCAAUGGUUUGUCCCCUACUUUUGUAAUGUAUUGUAAAAUGUGUAAUCAGAAAUUCACUUUACGUACAGAGGAUCCAGUUAAAGCCAAGACACAUUUAGAUGUAAAUUCAAGAGCCGUUGCUGGGAUGAUGAGUAUAGGCGGAGGUCAUUCGCAUAUAGAAGAGUUUUGCUCAUCUAUAGGUAUUCCUGUAAUGUCAUCGAAAACUUAUACCAAGGUUCACAACAAAAUAUGUAAUGCGUGGGAGAAAGCUGCUCUACAAGAAAUGGAGAAGGCAAUACGAGAAGAAGCAGCUUUAGCAGUAGAGAGAGGAGAUGUGAGUGCAGAUGGUACUCAUAUUUUAACUGUUGCAGCAGAUGGUUGCUGGUCAAAACGUUCCUAUAGAUGUCAAUACAAUGCUCUUUCUGGUGUUGCAGCAAUAGUGGGGUAUUCUACAAAAAAGGUUCUGUUUAUGGGAGUUAGAAACAAGUUUUGCUUUGUCUGUGUAGAAGUCUUGAUGGAGAGAUUCCUGCCCACACCUGCUACAAAACCUGGACUGGCAGCUCAGCAAGUAUGGAAGCAAGUAAUAUCGUAGAUGGAUUUAAACAAAAGUGAAACUGUAUAUGGUGUUAUAUUUGGUAAGCUGAUAGCCGAUGGAGACAGCAGUUGCUACAAAAAAAUUCUGGAAGCUAGACCCUAUGCAAAGAUCACAGUAGAACAAAUUUAAUGCCGUAAUCACCUCCUGAGGAAUUACAGCAAUAAAUUGAAAGUACUGUGCGAGCAGGCAAAAAUGGCUAAACCAACACUCAGAAAAAAUGUACGAAGUAAGAUAUUGAAACUGUGAGGGGCCAUCACCGAAGCUAUUAAAUAUAGGAAAAAGGAAAAACAGGCGGACCUUGACAAAAUUGCAGCUCUCAAGAAUGAUAUUUUAAAUGGGCCAAAUAAUGUAUUUGGUGAUCACGCAAACUGUGCCACUUACUUUUUCUCUGGGACUAAAGAUGGCGAAAAAAACAUGGUACCAGAAUUGAAAAAUUGUGGGAUGUAUGAUCAUAUCAUGAAGGCAGUAAACUAUCUGGGAAAUCAUUCCAGAAGUUUAAUCUAUGAUGUCGACAGUAACAUAGUUGAGCAAUUCAAUGCGAUUGUAGCCAAGUUUGUUGGAGGAAAGCGCAUUAAUUACUGCCUGAGAAGAUCGUACCAAGGACGAUGUGCCGCAGCUGUUGUCGCACACAACACAAAGAAACAUCACUCGCAUCUACAUAAAAACUAUGUGCAAUAAUCAUAGUCCAAACAAGUUUGUGAAACGUCUGGAAUUGAAAAGGUUGGCCAACCGAAACCGAGAAGAAAAUAAGAGAAAAAAAUGUAGGAAAGCAAAUGACAUCAUUUUAAAGAAAGGCAUUGGUAUCAACAGUAGUAGCAAAGACUACGGUCCCAAUUGUGAAAAACCCGAUUUUUCUUCUAAAGAAUUCGCUGAAGAACGAGAACGAAUCCUGCAGUCCUAUCAAAAAACAGAAGAUGAGUGCAAGGAAAUUGAAAGAGCGACACUUCUUCAAGCAGGAAGUGGCCAGUGGCUUGAACUAAGAAGAAAAAUGCUUACAGCUUCCAACUUUGGCAGAAUAUGUCGUCGGCGUCCCACAACCAGCUGUCAAAAUUUGGUCAAAAGCCUGAUUUAUUCCAGCAGCAUCCUAAAUGUUCCAUCACAUUCUCAUGGUAGAAAUUCAGAACUGAUAGCAAUACAGCAGCUUGAACAUCAAGAAAACAUUAUCAUAACAAAAUGUGGCUUAUUCAUAGACUCUCAGUUGCCAUUCUUAGGUGCGAGUCCUGAUGGUUUGAUAGGAGAUGAUGGACUGGUGGAAAUAAAGUGUCCACUUACUGCUUUCGGAAUGGAUGCCGACGCAGCAGUUUUUUAUGGCAAAAUUAAAUAUCUAACAUGUAACAAGCAGAAAACUGAGGAAACUGGUAUGACUAAAACACAUGCCUACUUCUAUCAAGUGGAAGGUCAGCUGCACAUUUCAGAAAGAAAGUACUGUCUUUUUGCUGUGUGGACUUCUGAGAGGAAGAAAAUUAAAGUCAUGAGAGUAGAAAAGGAUGACCACUUUUGGAAGAAAGAAAUGGAGCCAUAUUUAACAAGAUUUUUUUACGAGUGCAUGCUUCCAGAGUUGGUAGAUCCGCGUCACACCAGAAGUUUGAAAAUACGAGAGCCAGACAGUGUAGCAGUUUCAGAAGAGAAGAAAACUGAGGUCAUGAAAAAGAGUCAGCAAACAAAAGAGGAAAUAUUAUAAUGACGUCACUGACAAGUUGUGCUUAAAACGUAUGUAUGGUAAUUGUAAAUAAAUUUGAUUUUCCCCUUACAUUGCAGUAAUGGUUCGUUGUCAAGUUCGUUGACAGUAAUUAUGAUUCGAAGUUUUGAAAA